AUGACGAAAGGUACAUCGUCAUUUGGUAAACGUAACGUUAAGACUCAUGCACUGUGUCGUCGAUGUGGCCGUUCAUCCUAUCACUUACAACGUCAACGAUGUGCUGCAUGUGGGUUUCCAUCGAAAAAAAUACGUAAAUUUAAUUGGAGUGAAAAAGCACGACGAAGAAAAACAACCGGUACUGGUCGUAUGCAACACUUAAAAGUCGUAUUUCGACGCUUUAGAAAUGGUUUUCGUGAAGGAACAUUAGCUAAAUCACAAAAAGCACAUAAAAGACAACAAGCGUCGAGUGGUGGUGCAUCAUCGACAGCAACAGUACCAGCUACAAAAUCAUAA